AUGUCAUUUGCAAAUAUAGACCUUGAAGCACAGAAGUCCAUUAAGAAUGGAAAGAUAACAGAUGGCCCACAAACAGACAGUCAGAAUGAAUUAGAUAAAAUCAUUAAUAAUACUUCUGAACAAUUGAGAAAGUUUGGGAACUUGAUCACACAAUUCGAUAACCAACUUAAAACUAUCGGUACCAAAAGAGACAGUUCCAAGACCAGAGAAAACUUGGACUCAUUAACUAAUAAUCUUAAUAAUCUUGAAGAUGGAAUAAAGUUGUUGGUUGAAAAUUUAGAUAAUUUGAUAAAUAAAAAUCUGGAUGAAAAAGGUAAGAAUAAGAUUGAAAUCACCAAUAGACAAGUUAUAAUCAAGGAAAGAUUAUUGAACGAGUAUAAUGACUUACACAGAGCCUUUAAUAAAUCACAUAAACAAUAUUCAGACAGGAAAAGAGCCCAUCCCAUAAAAUCAACGGAGAAAACUCCGUUACUUGAGAGUUCGAGCGGUGGGUAUGAUUCCCAACAAGUUCAACAACAAACUCAAGUACAAGUACAGGAUCAAGAUAUAAUAAAUGAAACAGAACUUCAGUAUCAUAGAAUGUUAACGGAAGAACGCAAUAGAGAAAUAGAGCAAGCUCAUGAAGGUAUAAUGGAAGUGAAUUCAAUAUUCAAGGAUUUAGGAGAAUUGAUUCAUCAACAGGGUGAACAAUUGGAUUUGGUGGAGAACAAUGUAGGACAAUUGCAAUCUAAUGCUCAACAGGCUGCAAGUGAGUUGAAUAAAGCUCAUGAAUAUCAAAAAAGAAAAGGUAAGUGGAGUUGUAUCCUUUUGGUGGCAUUAUGUGUUUUUGUGUUAGUGGUAGUGUUGGCUGUAAUUAGUUAG